CUUCUCAGCCUGGGACCAGACCUCGGAACAGCUGCGGGCUUGGCCCGGCAGAGGCCGGCGCGGGGAGGGCGGAGCCGCUGCGAGCCGCGGGCCCCCGUGCGCCCGCGCCUCCCGCCGUCUCUGGUCGCGCCGCCGCGCGCUCCCACGAGAGGCCAAAGUUUGCGGCGGCGGCCCUGAGUUGCAGCCCGCGCCGGGCCGCGCGCCGAGGGCUCCGGGGCUCCGCUCGCUUCCCGGUAUUGUUCGCAAACUUUGCUCCUCUCCUCCGCGGCUCCACCUCGGCGGAGGCCGCGCGCGGAGAGCGGGGCCGGGGGCGGCGGUGGGGGGUGGGGGGGCGCUGUGCGCACCGCUCGGGCUGGGCUGGGCGGGCAUGGGCGGGGGCCCGAGCGGGGACGAGGAGCCAGGGCCAGCAGCCGGAGCCCUGGAGCGGCGGCGCUGAGGGCAGCGGACCUCCCCGCGGGGGGCACCUCCGACGCCACCAUGCAGCGCCCGAGCCCCCGUCUGUGGCUGGUCCUGCAGGUGAUGGGCUCGUGCGCCGCCAUCAGCUCCAUGGACAUGGAGCGUCCGGGCGACGGCAAGUGCCAGCCCAUCGAGAUCCCGAUGUGCAAGGACAUUGGCUACAACAUGACCCGCAUGCCCAACCUGAUGGGCCACGAGAACCAGCGCGAGGCCGCCAUCCAGCUGCACGAGUUCGCGCCGCUGGUGGAGUACGGCUGCCACGGCCACCUCCGCUUCUUUCUGUGCUCCUUGUACGCGCCCAUGUGCACCGAGCAAGUCUCCACCCCCAUCCCCGCCUGCCGAGUCAUGUGCGAGCAGGCCCGGCUCAAGUGCUCCCCGAUCAUGGAGCAGUUCAACUUCAAGUGGCCCGACUCCCUGGACUGCAGCAAACUCCCCAACAAGAACGACCCCAAUUACCUGUGUAUGGAGGCGCCCAAUAACGGCUCGGACGAGCCCGCGCGGGGCUCGGGCAUGUUCCCUCCGCUCUUCCGGCCGCAGCGGCCCCACAGCGCGCAGGAGCACCAGCUGAAGGAUGGGGGGCCGGGACGCGCCGGCUGCGACAACCCUGGCAAGUUCCACCACGUGGAGAAGAGUGCGUCGUGCGCGCCGCUCUGCACGCCGGGCGUGGACGUGUACUGGAGUCGCGACGACAAGCACUUCGCGGUGGUCUGGCUGGCCGUCUGGUCCGUGCUCUGCUUCUUCUCCAGCGCUUUCACCGUGCUCACCUUCCUCAUCGACCCGGCGCGCUUCAGGUACCCCGAGCGCCCCAUCAUCUUCCUCUCCAUGUGCUACUGCGUCUACUCGGUGGGCUACAUCAUCCGCCUCUUUGCCGGCGCCGAGAGCAUCGCCUGCGACCGGGACAUCGGGCAGCUCUACGUCAUUCAGGAGGGCCUGGAGAGCACGGGCUGCACUCUGGUCUUUCUGGUCCUCUACUACUUCGGAAUGGCCAGCUCCCUGUGGUGGGUGAUUCUCACUCUCACCUGGUUCCUGGCUGCGGGCAAGAAGUGGGGCCACGAGGCCAUCGAGGCCAACAGCAGCUACUUCCACCUGGCCGCCUGGGCCAUCCCGGCGGUAAAGACCAUCCUGAUCCUGGUGAUGCGCAGGGUGGCGGGGGACGAGCUGACCGGUGUCUGUUACGUGGGCAGCAUGGACAUCAACGCCCUCACCGGCUUCGUCCUGAUCCCGCUGGCCUGUUACCUCAUCAUCGGCACCUCCUUUAUUCUCUCGGGCUUUGUGGCUCUUUUCCACAUCCGGAGGGUGAUGAAAACGGGUGGGGAAAACACGGACAAACUCGAGAAGCUCAUGGUGAGGAUCGGGGUCUUUUCUGUGCUCUACACGGUGCCAGCCACCUGUGUGAUUGCCUGCUACUUUUACGAACGCCUCAACGUGGAGUAUUGGAAAAUCCUGGCCACGCAGCACAAAUGCCAAAUGAACAACCAGACUAAAAACCUGGACUGUCUGAUGGCCGCCUCCAUCCCCGCGGUGGAAAUCUUCAUGGUGAAGAUUUUCAUGCUGCUGGUGGUGGGUAUCACCAGCGGCAUGUGGAUCUGGACCUCCAAGACUCUGCAGUCCUGGCAGAAUGUUUGCAGCCGCAGGUUCAAGAAAAAGAGCCGGCGAAAACCGGCCAGCGUGAUCACUAGCAGUGGAAUUUACAAAAAAGCCCAGCAUCCCCAAAAAACCCAUCUGGGGAAAUAUGAAAUCCCCGCCCAGCCUCCCACCUGUGUGUGAACUCUGGCUUAAAGCCGGGAGGCCAGAGCAGAACACUUUCCCAGAGAGGAUAUAGUGGCAAGUCAGAGUCAAAACAUGGUGCUUUUCCUCCAUUGGUUGGUUGGUUGGUUGCUUGGUUUUUUAAGUAAAAGUUAAAAAAAAUAAUGAUAAUAAAAAAGUUUUUACCCAGAAAUUCAGGAUGCUGUGAUAACACUGCAAAUCAAAAUGUACUUCAGGGUUUUUGUUUUGUUCUGUAUGCAGUGAAGGCGAGCUCCCUUCCCCAGUUAAAUAGCCUCUUGUAUAACUAAUUUGUGGUAAAGUCGUUGAUUCGGUCCCCACCUCCCCCUCCCAAAAGAACUUUUGUUUAGAACCUUCCAUAAAUAUAUGUCUGUGUAUUUGAGUUGGCUCUGCUAUCCAUUUACACAUCAGAGCAGAGAUAACUUCUUUGCAAAUUACAGAGCCUCUGCUGAGUUGCAAAGAGGGAGGGAGAGCGAGCGAGCAAGAGAGAGAGAGAGAGAGAGACCCCCUCUUCGGCAGGCAAGCCAGCCCAGGGGCCCACCCUGAGGAAGGCAGCCUGUAAGACUGCCACUUCUGUGCAAACAGGAAGAAAAAGAAAAGCUUGACAACUCAGCGCCACUUCAGUGGAUUUGGAGGCCCUUAAAAUAGACUCCAGGCUCUAGCCUUCACAAAUGGUCUUUCUCCAAGGUAGGAACUUCCACCCAAGCCUAAUCUUGGUCAAGGCAAACGCAGUGCAAUACAUUUUUUCCCCCUCUCUCCAUGAAAAAAAAAAAAGGGG